AUGGAGAAAAUGGCAGAAAGCUCUGUUUUGCUGUCAGUAGUAUGUAUAAUAGUAGUGCCAUUGUUAAUGAAAGUGGUUAAUUGGGUAUGGUUAAGGCCAAAGAAGCUGGAAAAGUUUUUCAGACAACAAGGUUUAUCUGGAACUUCUUACAAAUUCUUGUUUGGGGAUGACAAAGAUUCCGCCUCGAUGCUAACUGAAGCCUUAAAAAACCCCAUGGAUGGUUUCUCCCAUGAUUAUUUUCCUCGUAUCGAUCCUUUCCGUCAUCAUCUUGCCACUAAAUUCGGAAACAACUUCUUCAUGUGGUUUGGCCCGAUACCUGUAAUACAAAUCUCAAAGCCAGAGUUGAUUAAAGAACUCUUGAUUAAGACAGACGAGUUUCGAAAGGUGAAGUUGAGCCCAAUUUUCAACAGACUUUUGCCAGGGCUUAUAAGUUGCGAGGAAGAGAAAUGGGUCAAACAUCGGAAGCUGAUUAACCCCGCUUUCCAUGUCGAGAAGUUGAAGCUUAUGUUACCGGCAUUUCAUGAUAGUUGUGUGGAGGUUGUGAACAAAUGGGAGAUGUUAGUAUCUGAAAAGGGUAGAGUUGAGCUGGACGUGUCAUCCGAUCUAAUGCAAAUCAGUGCUGAUGUCAUCUCUCGAGCUGCUUUCGGUAGCAACUAUCAGGAGGGACAUAAGAUAUUUGAAAUCAUCCAGGAACAGUCUGUAUUAGCUCAUCAUUUGGAACGAUCAAUGUAUUUCCCCGGACUCAGUUACAUCCCAACAGCAAACAGUAGGAAAUUUAAGCAGAAUGAAGGUCAAAUGUAUACUUUAUUAAAGGCAAUUAUCGACAAGAGGAAGGAAGAAACUGAGGCUGGAGAAGCUGUGAAAAAUGACCUUUUGGGUAUAUUGUUGGAUUCCAAUUCGAAAGAAAUCCAACAAGCUGCUGGUAAAAAUAACAAGAAUAAUCAGAAUGUUGGAAUGAGUCUUGAAGAGGUGAUUGAUGAGUGUAAGCUAUUCUACUUGGCUGGACAAGAAACUACAUCUACACUUUUAGUUUGGAGUAUGAUUUUGUUAAGUAAGCAUCAAGAUUGGCAACAACGAGCACGAGAAGAAGUGUUGCAGUUUUUUGGAGAUAAAUUGCCUGACUUUGAAGGUUUAAGCCGUCUGAAGACAGUGAACAUGAUAUUGUACGAGGUUCUCCGACUGUAUCCUCCGGUGUUGAGGGUGUCAAGAUGGGUUCACAAGGAUGCAACCCUGGGUCCAUUAUCAAUCCCUUCGGGUGCAAUGAUUAGUGUGUUUCUGAACAUGGUUCAGUGUGAUCACAAUAUAUGGGGUGAUGAUGCAACAGAAUUCAACCCAGAAAGGUUUGCUGAAGGGGUUGCUAAGGCAACAAAAGGGACUAGCUCGUUCAUCCCCUUCGGUUGGGGACCAAGGAUAUGCAUUGGGGAAAAACUAUCCAUGACUGAAGUAAAAAUGGCGGUAUCCAUGAUUUUGCAACGCUUUUCCUUGGAGCUUUCACCGUCUUACAUUCAUGCACCCAAGAAUGUUGUGUUUCUACGGCCUGAACAUGGUGCUCAGAUUAUCCUAAACAAACUUUGAUCGUAUUCCAAAUGUGUAAUUUGAGGGUUAAUGUAUUGCACAUUAGCCAAAUAAAGUGCUUGGAUGUGUGUUUUCGGAAGUUUAAGUUCGUCUAUGAAAUUCGGCUGGUUGUAAACUUUAAAUGAUGCUUCUUAGAUUUUGAAUAUUACACCGUACUUCAAACCUCUGUACUUCCAAGUCCAAUUCUAUUUUUCACCAAAUGUUUCCCAUCUUUGAAGAGCUAUUUUCGACCUUUUUGGAACUUUUUUUUUGUUUGUGUCAAAACAAAAC